CCAUAAUAAUAAUGUGAACAUUAAGCCAGUAAUCCACAAUUCAGUGACUAUGCUCUGUCUCUUAUAUAUUUAUUUCAAAUAAGAUAUUUACAUGAUUUUAUAUUUAUCUAGUCUAAUUAUAAUAACUAAUAUUAAAAAUCAUCCUGAAUCAUAAAACAGUGAUUAACAGCAAUAACUAUAAAAUAUCUAUUACUCUUUUAUACAGGAUAUAUUUAAUAUUGUUAUAAAAUAAAAAGUGAGAUUUUUUCAUUAUUUUAUAAAGGUUCUUGAUAUGGCUGACGUAACUGAAAACGUAUGUGCUGAGGUGGAUGAACAAUACAUUCAAGAUAUUUUAUUAAACGACUAUGGUUUCAUAGACGGACAAAUUCGUAAAUUAGAUGGUUAUGACGACAAAAAUUUUCAUAUAACAGAUGCUAAGAGUUGUUCCGAGGGGAUUAAGUUUCCAUCUGAUGGUGUUAUUUUAAAAUUCGUUAAUUCUGUUGAUUCAUCUUAUAUUUCUCUAAUGGAAGCGCAAACAAAACUAAUGCAAUUUUUGGGAAAUUCAGACUUUCACUUUCCAAUGCCAAUGUUAAAUAAGCACGGACAAAGUUUUAGGUCAUUAGAAAUAAAUGGCAAAGUUCAUGUUGUACGUAUGACAAAGUAUAUAAAUGGAGAUACUAUGUCAAAUACUAUAGCAGAUGAAAACUUCGCUGAAGAAUUUGGUUCGUGUGUUGGUUAUUUAACAAAAAAGCUUCAAUCGUUUGAUCACGAAGGAUUUCACCGAGAAAAUCAUAUAUGGGCUCUAGAAUAUGCAGGCGACGCGCUAAAAUUUGUUAAUGUUUUUGAAGAUAAAAAUCAACAAAAUAUACUUAAUACAGUACUAAAAAAAUUUCAAUCUGAAUUUCUUUCCAAAAAGGAUAUUUUGGAAAAAAGCGUUAUUCAUGGAGAUCUUAGUUUCAACAACAUUCUUGCAACAAACAAUAAAAUAACAGCAAUUAUAGAUUUUGGCGAUGUAUUAUAUUCAUAUACAUUUUUUGAACUUGCCAUAGCUUUGUGUUAUAUGAUUGCACAAGAAUACAAAAAAAAGGAUCCCUGUUUAUCAAAUGUACCUAUCAAAACUUUAAUAGAAGCUUAUCAACGUCAUAGAAAGUUGACUGAUGUAGAGCUAUCACUAUUGCACAUAAGCGUGUGCGCAAGACUUUGCCAAAGUCUCAUUUUAGGGAAAAAAACUAGCUUGAGAGAUUUGUCAAACGUAUAUGUAUUAUCAAUACAAAAAAUUGCUUGGAGAACAUUACAAGAUUUAAUAAACGACGAAGAACAAAAUAUCUAUUUUAAAUGUAUGCUAACAAAAUUGAAUAUUUUAUUAUUUGCACAUAAAUGGUAUUCUGAUGAAGAAUUUGAAAGUGCGGAUGAAGGUAAUAAAAAUAAUGAUGGUUGGGAAGUAGAAAACGAUUUCGAUUUGUCUAAUGGUGAAACACUUGAAAAUAAUCCUUCCAAAAUCAAGGCUGUUUCACUAGAAAAUCCUCACAUAGAAACCAUUAGUGUGUCAAAUAAUUUAUCUUCAUUAAAACUACAUGAAGACCAGGUUCAAGUUACACAAGACGGAGGAAAUUUAAUUGAACAGACCAACAGUAGUAUUACAAAUUCUCAAUCUAACAAUUUAAUUGAUUUCAGUAAAUUAGCCAUAGAUAAAAACAGUAAUUCAAAUAAGUCAUCUAAUGAGAAUGUUGAAAACAAAUCAAAUUAUAGUCAAGUUACUACAUCACAAGCAGGUUGGGGUAGUUGGUCCAGCAAUUGGAGUGUCAAUUCAUUUUUGUCUACUGCAAGUGCAUUAACUAAUCAAGUAUCCCAAGGAUUGAAUAAUGUUAUAGAUGCUAGUAUGGGAGCACCUACACCAGAAUCAUUAGUGUCUAUUAAUAAAGAUGAAAAAGAUUAUCACAUCAAUUAUAGCAAUGAAGAAUCUAAUCAUAAUUCAUCAGGGUCCAUUUUAAAUACUGAUUAUUUUAUGAGUAAUGUAAAUCAUCUCACAAAAAUAUUUGAAUCUACGGGUAGUAAGCUUAUUAAUGGUGGUUUGGACACUUUAGAGACGGUUGGUAAAAAAACCUUAGAAGUAUUACAAGAAGGUGAUCCUGGAUUACGAAAAAAAAGAGCUCUAUUUUCACAAAAAGGUGAAAAAAUUAAUUUAUCUCAAAUUUUACAAGAAGCAAAAGAAAAAGCUGAAGUUGAAUUAAAUCAUAACAAUCAAGAAAGUGAAAUACAAAAAGGAUACGCCUAUAUGUUUGAUCAUUUUCAAGGGGUAAUUCAUCUAGAAAGCCUUGAAUUAAUAUCAAAACAGAGUCAAAUGAAAUUACAAACUGUUUUAUUAACUUAUUCCGGUACUAAGUUAUCAGAAUUACAGGAUGAAAUUGAACAUGUAAAAAAUAAAUGUUGUGUUGACUAUGAUGAAGAUGAAAAGUUAAUGAAUAGUGACGAAUUUAUAAAAGCUUUAAAUAAUUAUGUAAAAAUGUUUGGAUUUGAUUUAAAAAUCAAUAAAAUUCUUAAAAUAAGUGAUGAAAUAGAAAAAAAAACAAACAAUAAAAAUAAUUUAGUUGACAAUGCAUAUGAUAAUGCAAUUUCUGGAUUAGCUGAGUUAACUGCUGCAGCUAUUGAAAUAUUUUAUAAAAUAGGAGAAAUGUUAAUGAUAGACACUCAAAAAAUUGAAGUAACUAAAAAAAUAGAAACUGUAAUAUGUUUAUAUGAAGCAAUUUGUUGCCGAAUACGCUCAAUUGCUAAUAACUAUGCUUGUUUGCUAUCAAAAAUAGAUGACGCUGACAUUUCAAGUCAAAUUAGUGACAUUUAUCUAGAAUCAUCUAAUAGUAGUUCUUACAUUCAAGAUGCUCUACAGUUGUUAAUUCCCAUUUUACAGUUAUUGGUCAUUUGAGUUUUAUUAUUAAGUGAUCAGAAUAAUUCCACGGCCACUCUGCCAUUUAUAAGAGGCGACUAAUGAGAUUGUGUCAGGUCAACAGCCGAUUUAAAAUUUUGUCAAAAAGUAUCAGGAGACCUGAACAAAACUUAGGUGGAUUGUCCCAUCUUGGAUGUAUGUGGGGAUUAAGACAAGAAAAAAGAAGAAGUGAUGGAAUUUAUUUGAAAUCGAACAAAAUUUCUGAAUUAUUUAGUUAAUUAUGAAAGGAAGUUAAAAGAAAACAAUUGUGCAGAAAUUAAAAAUAAUUGUUUUAUUCCAAGUCAUAAUAAUCUACCAUUUUGAUAGAAAUUCUGAAAAAUAAUUUUGCAUAAAAUAUUCAAGAGCAUAUAAAAAAAACUAUUGGUUUAUUCAAUAUAUAAUAAGAUAUAAGUCAUCAGUUAAAAUCAAGAAAUCAAUAAUAAAAAUAUAUUUACUUAUUUUGUAUUGGCUGACCCCAAAAAGUUGGGAUUAAGGCGAGAAAAAAGAAGAUACUUAUUUUGAAUAUUUGACACCUCUUAAGAAAUGUUUUCAUCAAAGUUUUAUAAGAC